CCCGUAUGACCGUAUCAGCCGAAAAGAUGGAUGUACCAGAAUUUUGAACUCGCUUAGAGCAUUUUUAUGCUAAUCGCCGAAACCGCAUUUGGAAAGUUUUUAUCCGGAUAUCAGGAAAUGGCCGCCCUCGUCGCGCACUGUCACUAUAUUGUCACAAAUGCUGACGGGAAAAUUCUCCAUCUUUACCGCCAAUUCAGUAGCCGUAAGUUGAGCUCCGGCGGUACAACCGUCUCUGGCAUAACCCUACGACGCCGUGUGGUUUGAAGGAAUUCCUAUGUUACCUGUUUCGCCUCCAACAAAUCUGCUCAAUCAUCCGAAAUUAGGUUCUCUCGCUCUCAACUAAUAUUGAGUAUCUUCGGCAAAUUUUCAUAUUUUCAGCUUAUGUAGGCUAACUAGCUUUGUUUCCUUGCCGAUAACUUAAGCAUUUCAUUAGCAGGUGUCAAGCACGUAAAACCGUAGCACUGAAUAAAAGUUUCGAUAUGUUAUAGGGAGUAUUUUUUUUUAAUUAUAUGAAGAAUGUUUGAUCAGGUGAUAGCUAAUACAGUUUUUAUAUGUAUUUCGGCCUAUUUAUUUAUUUUUUCACUAGGUUCUUUAGUUCUUAAUCUCAUUUCAAGUAAGAAAUAGAAAUUGUGUACUUGUAUUAUCUUCUGAACAUUUUUUUUGUUAAUCCUUGUUUUAAAAUGUGAAUGAUUAGUUUUACAUCGUUUUGGCUCCAGUAUUAGCAUUUUUUUAAAUGAUAGAAUUUAAAAGUUCUAUUACAUUUAUGCUGCUGACAUUAGUUAUUUUUCUAAAUGGAGAUGGUUUGAGAGUUAUAAGGGAUUAAAAAAGACAUUACAGGUAUGAAAAAUAUAAAUAAAUAUUAUACAAGGAUCUAUAACAAAAUGUGUCAUAUUUGCUUGAAUUAAAACGUAUUUAAGCCUAUUUGCUAAUACGGAGUAUGAAACAUCAAUGUGCCCAUCAUGAUUUAAUUUUUAAUUUAGUUCUACUGCCAAGAUAAGAAGUGAAGUCCUUUCUCCAUUUCGGUCGGUUCGUAUGUUCUUCUAUCUGGCUUUUGCGGCAAGCGGGGCUCUUGGAGGAUUUAUAGCCACAACACGGCUCAUAGCAGCACUGGCAAAUUCGUCAAGGGCUGCAGAACUUCCUGAGAUCUUGCAAGGUCUUGCCAUAGAUAUUGGAGCAGCAUCCCUAUUUGCUUUUCUGUAUUACCGGGAGAAUAGAUCUAAAAACGCCCAACUACUUAAGCUCUCAAGAGAAGAAAGCCUCUCAAAUCUAAAACUUCGUGUGAAUGAGACUAAAAUCCUUCCUGUUAGUGAUUUUAGAGGAAUUGCUCGUCUGGUCAUUCUUGCUGGUUCUUCAUCUUUCAUCUCUGAGUGUUUUAAACUCAGUGAACCAUUUACUGACUCCCUUGUAGAAAGAGGGGUGCUUGUUGUUCCAUUUGCUAGUGAUGCAAACUUGCCAAAUUUUGAGUUUGAUGAGAAUGAACAGAUGAAGGAAAAGAAUGCCAGGAGAAAAAGGCUAUGGCAGCUUUCUCCUGUUUAUGUAACUAACUGGACCAAGUAAGUUACUUCUGAGAUAAAGGAGGUAGUGCCAGCAAAACAAAAAUAAUAAUCUUACUCCUCAUUUUUUAUUGCAGAUGGAUUGAUGAACAAAAAAACCUGGCUAAUAUCUCCCCUGAAUCUCCUGUGUGAGUGAUCUGCAUUUCUAGGCUGAUUUUCCUCUUCAUCUACAAUGACAUUUACUUGUUUUAAUUGAAAAAUAAAUAAAUAUACUCAUAAAUGCUGCAUUGUUUUUUCUUUUUAUUUAGAAUGUUGUCAUAAUAAAAUUUCAAAUAGCUCUAUAUCUUUUAGUAGCAUACAUUGAAUCAGGAAAUUUGCUCUUAUAAUGUCGUUGUUUGAAUUCGCUUGAGUAGCAUAUUUGUGGUCCUUAAUAGUUCUGGAAAAAGCUAAAGUUGCGGCAUUACAAAUUCUGGUGUGCAUAGGUAUCUUUCGCUACGCAUGGAUGGUCGUGUUCAUGGCAGUGGUGUCGGAUACCCUCCUUGGAAUUCUUUUGUACUUCAACUUCCACCUGUAAAGGGGAUGUGGUCUGGUUUGCUCGAUGGCAUGGAUGGAAGAGUUCUUUGAACAGUGUAUUUUUUCUGCAUUAUGAGCAUGGAUAGGUCAAACAUCACUUAGUGUUAAUAGAAUAUUUUCUGUUCUGGUGUUUACCUACCAUCCCAUUUUGUUAUUUCUUUGUGAAAUGCGAAAUCUAUAGGAGAGGGCAUUCAUGCUGCUGUGGUUAGAGAGAAUUUCUAAAAUAGGACUAAAUCAUGACACAUGAGAACCAUUUUCUCUCUCAAAAUGAUUCAUUCACUCCUAAAAUAAUAAGUUUUUCAGUAAUUUUAUUUUUUCAUGAGAACGAAAUGGGUCUACUUUGGGAUUAAACGAUAAUACUCCUAUCUAUACACUUCACUCAUGUUUUUCUCCUGUUUGUAGCAAUUUCUUUUGCUGGUUACCACCUGGAUAGUAAUAUGUACUCAUUCUUACCAACCUGGAUGAAUUGAUUAUUUUUAUACAAUUUCUGCACUGCUUUUGCGCUUUAUGUUUUUCGUAAAUCUACCACAUCAUAUUAGUGAUAGUAUGAGUAUUUGUACCAUAUUCUAACACAUUGUUGUCCUUGAUACUGUCGUUGCCAGCGGCUCAGCAGAGAUUGAAAUUUUGAACAACCACAAAAGACGCAGUGCAUUGAAUAUUUCAUUCAGCAUGUGAAACUGCUAUUGUAUCAGGUGCCACAUUUUAACUUGGUUGUAAUCAACUAAUCAUGCAGGUAAAUUUGGCUGAAUUUGUUGAUAUUGAGGCUAAAUGAUGAGUUACAGAAAUCCAAAAAGGCUUUCAAUAUGUACAUUUGUGUAAACUAAAGGAAAUACGUAGUAAUAUCUAGCACAUGAUAAUAGUAAGUUAGUAGCGUACUUUGUUUUCAUUUGAGCCCAAAAGUAACUUAUACUCUUUUUUUCUCUUCUUCCUUGUAUUAUUU